AUGAGUCUGAUGAUAGCCAGUCUGCGCAUCAUUAUAGAACAAUCACUGGAGUGGAAGUCCCCCCUAUAUGUAAACUUCAUCGACUAUGAAAAAGCUUUUGACAGUGUAGACCGAGAGACAUUGUGGAAGAUACUGAGGCACUAUAGAGUACCAGAGAAGCUAGUCUCCCUGAUUCGAAACACCUACCAAGGCAUGAUAUACAGAGUUACCCAUGCUGGCCAGAUGUCUGAGAGUUUCGAGGUCAAGACAGGAGUCCGACAAGGAUGCUUGCUGUCACCAUUUCUUUUUCUCUUGGUCAUCGAUUGGAUCAUGAGGACAACCUCAGCAGGCAGGAACAAUGGCAUACAGUAG